AUGUCUGGAGUUCACGUCGCAUGGAUUGGUCUCGGCAACAUUGGCCGAGGCAUGAGUGCCAACAUCGCCCAAAAAGGUCCUCAGGCCAGUCUCACUCUGUACAACCGUACAACCUCCCGCGCAAUCACACACGCCGAAACCCUUAACCAGCCCGACAAGAUCAAAGUCGCAACCACCCUCCCCGAAGCAAUCGCAAAUGCCGAUAUCGUCUUCACUUGUGUAGGUGACGACGCCGCAUUGGACGCAAUUACCUCUGGAAUCCUGGCCGAUAGCACGGAUCUUUCUCAAAAGACCUUCGUCGACUGCUCAACCGUGCACCCGGACACAUCACGACGCACCGAGAGUGCAUACGCUGCACGUGGAGCUGGAUUCGUUGCUAGCCCGGUAUUCGGGGCACCGAACAUGGCUGAUAUCGGCCAACUAAUUAUCGUCCCCGCUGGUAAACAGGCAUCCAUUGCGAAGGCACGACCAUUCUAUGAGGGUGUUACUGCAUCGCGAACAAUUGAUCUUUCCUCUGGAACUGGAGAAGAUAUUGAUGUUGGACGUGCGACUACUAUGAAGGUUAUCGGAAACACAUUUAUUCUGAACACUGUUGGUGUUCUCGCUGAGGCACUCACUGCUGCUGAGACUACUGGUCUUGGUGUUGGUCCUCUUAAGGAGUGGUUGGAUGUUUUUGCUCCGGGACCUUUUGCUAAGUAUGCGGGUCGUAUGGUUACUGGUGAUUAUUAUCUCCGUGAUGAGCCUCUUUUCGCGGUUGAUCUUGCUAGAAAGGAUCUUCGUCAUGCUUCUGGAAUUGCCAAGGAGGCUGGUCAGCGUAUGAGGAAUGUGGAGGUUACGGAUCACUUCCUUAGUAUUGUUAAGGAGGAGAUGGGUGAGAAGGGAGAUAUUGCGGGUGUUUAUGGAGCGAUUCGCAAGGAGGCUGGAUUGGAGUAUGGUAACCAGAAGUGA